UCAUCAUGAUCAUGAGACCCACGCAGGAUCCCAUAGCACAUCGGGUCCUACAUUCAAUGAGGGCGCAUCUACUCAAGGGCUAAGUUUUGACCGGUAGCAGCAUUCGGGAGGACCCAGAUUUGUCUGUUCCUUAUCAUGCGUUCAAUAUGUACAAGGCAACUGGCAUUUCAGGGUACUCGGAAUUCCCGACGGGCAUCGGUCGAGGUGGAUAGUCACUGCGGGCGGCGACGGCGCGCUUGUACAAGUGGGCGUGGCCGCUGAACUAGGCCAUUGGAAGAUGGUUGUCCAAGACCCAGAAUGAUCACCAGCUCAAGUGCGCUCGUCACAAGCGCGGUCAAAGGGCGGUGCGCGCUCAGCGCCGCACUGAGUCUUUAUGCUUGCAUGAAGCUCGGCGUUGCUCGGCUAGCACUAAGCAUGCACGGAUGCAAGACCGAGCAAGACCGAGCCCACUAGUAACUC